CUCGACGCUACUCUCAUACAUUGGAUUCAUACCCACUCAGCUACUCCCCUCCAGAUCUGAUUCUUCUUCCUCAGUUGAAUCGCCCCUAAAUCAUCACCUUGAAGCCUAAUUUCUCACAGAUACAUCAGCCUCCCUAGCUAUAUAUCUAUAUCUAUACCAACGUCUCUGUUUCUGUAUCUCCACUGUAACCUCAAGUCCACUCAUGGGGGAGGAUAAGAAGAAGUCAGGGGAACAAAAGACGGAGGAGAAAAAACCAGAGGCGAAAGAGGAAGCCAAAAAGCCCGAAAACCAGGCUGAAGAUAAGAAAGACCAGAAAAAACCGGAGGAAUCGAAAGACAAGACUCCACCGCCGCCGGAGAUUGUGCUGAAAGUUUUCAUGCAUUGCGAAGGCUGUGCCCGUAAGGUUCGUCGCUGCCUGAAAAGAUUCCCAGGGGUUGAGGAAGUGAUCACAGAUUGCAAGAGUCACAAGGUUGUCGUCAGAGGAGAGAAGGCAGAUCCACAGAAGGUUCUAGAGAGAGUACAGAGGAAGAGCCAUAGACAGGUUGAGCUCAUUUCUCCGAUCCCGAAACCACCUACGGAGGAGGAGAAAAAACCAGAGGAGAAAGAGAAGCCCGCUCCUGAGGAGAAGAAAGAAGAGCCCCAGAUCAUCACGGUGAUUCUGAAAGUUCACAUGCAUUGCGAGGCUUGCGCUGAGGAAAUCAAGAGACGCAUACAGAAAAUGAAGGGAGUGGAAUCGGCGGAACCUGAUCUGAAGAAGUCAGAGGUGAGCGUGAAGGGAGUGUUCGAUCCGGCGAAGUUGGUGGAGUUCGUGUCUAAGCGAAUGGGGAAGCAGGCUGUGAUAGUGAAGCAAGAGGCGGCGGAGAAGAAAGAGAAAGCAGAGGAAAGCAAAGAGGAGGAGGAGAAGAAAGCAGAGGAAGGAGGCAGAGGAGAGAAAGAGAAGAAGGAGGGAAAAGGAAAAGGAGAAGAGAAGAAGGAGGAGGAGGAGAGGAAAGGAGCUGGAGAGGGGGAAGCGGCGGCGGAGAAAGCAGAGGAGGAAGCUGUGACGGAAGAGACGAAGGUGGUGGAGAUGAAGAAGAGCGAAUACCAAUACUACCCUCCGAGGUACAUCAUGGAGAUGUACGCUUACCCGCCCCAGAUCUUCAGCGAUGAGAACCCGAAUGCUUGCUCUGUCAUGUAGGUAGAUGAGAGAAAUCUGCGGAAUGUCGGGGGUGCCAUGGGAAUCAGGGCCUCCGAAGCUUGGGAGACUGAUCUCUCUGUCUACCUUUUCCUUCUCCUUCUCCAUAUUUGCAUAAUCUUCAGAUAAACUGUAGAAUUUUGUUUUGAUUCUGGUCACAUAAUAACUUUAGUAACAUAUCUCGAUUUUAUUAA